AUGAAGCUCCAACACCUCUCUUUCUCGACGACCCUACUCAUCACAGCAAACCACCCACUGGCUUCAACCUCGCCGGCGAUUCUACCACGAGCAGAGGUAGUAGAGGGCGUACCGCACUCCCUGAACUUCGGUAAUCCAAUUACAAUUUCAGCUUCUUUAUCUCUUGGAGUUCCAUCAUCGCCAUCAAAGGGAUUACUACCUCCCGCGCCACCUCUAUUAACGUCUAUUAUCCCUACAUUUUCUCCUCCUGCUUUAACUACAAGUUUACUCAAUAAAUCAUCUUCUUCUUCAUCUUCCCCGGAAUCUAUUACACCCACACAUAUCAAUUCAUCACCACCAUCAUCAUCAUCACCAUCCUCCUUCGACGAUAGUAACAACCCCACCAGCGUCAUCUGGAUAACCCAUACAGAUCCACUGAUCACAUCCCUUCACCCCGCAAAAUCAACAUGGAUCCAAGACGACUACCCACCCCAACCACCCACAAACACCUCGUCAAACCACCUACCCACCUCUUUUCUCCAAGAUAACCACAACAUAACUUGCCGAAACUUCCCAAGUCAACAGUCACUUACAAUCUGUUCUCCCACGUUACUCGUAUUCCUGUUUUUACUGUUUUAUACGGGAAUAUUAAGGGUCGUUUUAUAUCUUCAAGAAAUAAGUGCAAGACAGGUAUUGGAGUUAGGGGAAGUGUUAAUGGGACAUAGAGACGCUAGUGGCGGGUAUGCGUGGCUGAGAAAUGGGAGUUGGAAGAUUAGACAACAGCCUGAGUUACCGGGAGUAGCUAUGAUGGGACUUGAAGAUAUGGAAAGGAUUGGUGGGGGUGGAAGUGGGGGUGGGAAAGGGUAUGGAACUAUGAAUGGUGAUGAUGAUGGAGGUGACUUGGCGGGGCAUGAAAGGAUUUGGUUACAAGAUUUGGAUUAUAGAAGGAAGGGGGUUAGGAAGGGGAAUAAUACGCCUGAAGAAGUGGAUACUUCUGUAACUGGAUUCAAUAAGGGCAAAGGUAAAUUGAGGGUGGAUGAGGGAGGAGAAGAAGGGGGUGGUAGACGGGAGCUGACGGAUAAUCAAGAAAAAGAAUUGGAAAGAAAGAGAAGAGAAAUGGUGAGAAAAACCCAUAUGAGGAUGUUAGAUGAUACGAAGCCUAAGAGAGUAUUUUAUGGAGCGGUCAUAGUGGCUGGCAGUGUGGGGAUUGUAUUUGUCAUUUUGGGAUCGUUGGUGGGGGUUUUGUGUAAGCAGAUUUUGCGAAUGGGAAGGUGUCCUUUUGAGGAGGUUUGA